AUGACAACACUAGAAAUAAUGCCCUCGGUGGGCACAGAUGGCAACAUGAAUCGUAUUGACAAGUACCAGAUCGUAAAGAAGCUUGGAGAGGGCUCGUUCGGUAAAGUUAAACUGGCCUACCAUUUGGCCACAAACUCACGAGUGGCCCUCAAGAUCAUCAACAGGUCUACUCUGGCCAAAAGCGAUAUGCAGGGCCGUGUCGAACGUGAGAUAUCCUAUCUGCGUCUGCUGCGCCACCCCCAUAUCAUUAAGCUUUACGAGGUGAUCAAGUCUAAAGAUGAGAUCAUUAUGGUUAUGGAGUUCGCUGGUAAGGAGCUUUUCGACUAUAUUGUGCAGAAGGGACGUAUGGAUGAGGACGAAGCACGCAGGUUUUUCCAGCAAAUAAUCUCGGCUGUUGACUACUGCCACAGGCAUAAGAUUGUGCACCGCGAUCUCAAACCGGAAAACUUGCUGCUAGAUGAGAACAUGGAUAUCAAGAUCGCAGAUUUUGGGUUGUCCAAUAUUAUGACCGAUGGUAACUUCUUGAAGACCUCGUGUGGAUCUCCCAAUUAUGCCGCUCCCGAGGUCAUUUCUGGUCGUCUUUAUGCUGGUCCCGAAGUCGAUGUUUGGUCUUGCGGUGUGAUUCUGUACGUUAUGCUUUGCGGCAGAUUGCCGUUCGAUGAUGAAAGUAUUCCCGAGCUGUUCCAGAAAAUAUCGAGCGGAACAUACUACAUUCCUGACUAUGUCAGCCCGGGAGCCAAAAGCCUACUGCGGCGCAUGCUUGUCGUCGAUCCCUUGAUGCGGAUUGAUGUCGAGAGCAUCAUGGAGGAUCCCUGGUUUAGGGUAGGCAUGCCCGAGUAUUUACUGCCGAACAGUGAGUGUGAAGAGGGCCGUAAAUUCACAAAGGACGACGAAGAUGUACGUACCUUGUCACAAAAGCUGGGAUAUACAACAGAUAUUGUUGUCAGUGCGCUCAAUGGUGAGGUUCCUACCAGCGGAAGCACUGCCGCUAAUGAAAUCAGCGAUGCGUACCGCAUUCUGUGGGAUAACAGAAAACAGCAGGCAAGCAGACAUGAGGAACCUGAUGCGCUAGAUAACUAUAUGGACUCACAAUCGAACGAUGUGCGAUCGCGCACGAACAGUGAUGCCACUCGCACACCGGGUCCCGCGUCAUUAACUAAGUCUGGUAUCCCGGUUACAUUUGGAUUUGAUGCCACUCAUCUGGGCCCCGUCGGCGUUGCUGAUUCUCGUAUCGCAAUCCUGCCUUCCUCUUUGCCGCAGUACCACCUUGCAUAUAUGCAGACACAUGGAGUUGCAAUGUCCAAGAAGCUCAGUCCUGUUUCCGUGAAAAAGUCCAAGAUCAGAUGGCAUUUCGGCAUUCGCUCUCGCUCCUACCCACUUGAUGUGGUGAGUGAGAUCUACCGUGCCCUUAAAAACCUAGGAGCAGAAUGGGCCCGACAUCGAAACGAUGAUUUGUGGACCAUCAAUGUGCGCUGGCGCAAUGAGGCCCCUAACGACCAGGGUGAAAUGGUAGCAGAACUGCUCAAAAUGCGUAUCCAAUUGUACCAGCUGGAACAAAAUAACUACCUGGUGGACUUCAAGUUUGAUGGGUUUGAAAAUAAGGGUGCAGCAAAACGCCGCCAUGACGAUACGUUCUCGGCAUAUCCAUUUUUACGAUUUGCUACAAAACUCAUUCUAGAGCUGGCAGUUAGCAGCCAGCAGGCAUGA